AUGAAGAACACCACAAAUAACGUACAGUAUAUCUGCAUCGAAAGAAAAGCUGAAACUCGACUCCUUUUGAAAGGUCCAUUCCUACAGUUCCGCCAAACUUUGAGCGAGACUAAGCCGUGUAGUCUUCAGCCUUGCGCAGUUGGCGUGGAAUGCAAAAACAACAUGGUGGCACCCUAUUACGUCUGCGGGGAGUGCCCCCCCGGCUUCCAAGGAAACGGCUACAAGUGCGAGCGCAAAGGAGAGUGCCAAGUGGGUUUCGCCGGUGACGGGAUCCAAUGCGCAGUCGACAGCGAUCUCGACGGCUACCCUGACAGUGAGCUGAGCUGCAGUGAGCCCAGCUGCAGGAAGGAUAACUGCGUCAACAAACCCAAUUCCGGGCAGGAGGACGCCGACGCAGACGGCGUCGGCGAUGCCUGUGAUAACGACUCGGAUAAUGACGGCCGCGACAACAAUAACGACAACUGCCCCCUGGUUGCUAAUUCCAACCAACAAGACUCAGACAGGGACGGUGUCGGCGACGUCUGUGACAACUGCCCAUCUGUCAGCAACCCUAACCAGCUUGAUAGUGACAACGAUGGUGAUGGGGAUCUCUGCGAUCAGGAUGCAGAUAAUGACGGAAUAAACAGCGACCAAGACAAUUGCCCCAAUGUGUACAACCCGCAGCAGAAUGAUAUAGAUAACGACGGCGUCGGGGACGACUGCGACAACUGCCCCGACAGGCACAACCCAAGUCAGGAGGACAAGGACCAAGAUUUCGUAGGGGACGAAUGUGAAUCCCCUGAUGACGCCGAUCAAGAUGGAUGGCAAGAUGACCGAGACAACUGCCCUGCCGAUUCGAACAGCGAUCAACUGGACACCGACGGGGACGGCGUAGGAGAUGUCUGCGACGAAGACGUCGACGGCGAUGGUGUCCCCAACGACAGAGACAACUGUCCCCUGGUCGCCAACACCCACCAGCAGGAUCUAGACAACGACGGAGUGGGAGACUUGUGUAAAGGGGAUCGAGAUGGCGACGGUAUCCUUGAUUACGUCGAUCUGUGUCCGAAUAACUCCAGGAUUUACAAGACCGAUUUCAGUCGGUAUAUCACAGUUGCUCUUGACCCAUUUGGGUCGAGUCAGGCGGAUCCAAACUGGAUCAUACAGAACAGAGGAGCUGAAAUUCUGCAGACACUCAAUUCUGAUCCAGGUUUGGCUGUCGGUGACAUUGCAUUUGGUGGUGUCAACUUCGAAGGAACAUUUUUCAUUGACACAAGCGCCGAUGACGAUUUCGCGGGUUUUCUAUUCAGCUUCCAGGACAACGGUCAUUUUUACUUGGUAACCUGGAAAAGUAGGGCCCAGCGGUAUUGGGAAAGUUCUCCGUUCGUGGCCUCUGCUGACGCGGGCAUCCAGCUCAAACUCGUAGCUUCCGACACUGGGCCAGGAACACGUCUGAGGAACUCGCUCUGGCACCGUGAAAGUGUACCGAAUGAGGUAACAGUCCUAUGGACAGAGCCGACGAAAAAUGGUUGGAAUCAUCGGACAGCGUAUAGGUGGCGCCUUCUUCAUAGGCCUCAGUUAGGACUGAUACGUCUGCGAAUCUUCCGAACGACGACCCUCAUGGCUGAUUCGGGUAACAUCUACGACUCGACGCUGAAGGGUGGACGAAUAGGGGUGUAUUGUUUUUCGCAAGAGAGGAUUAUUUGGUCUCAGCUGGCUACGAGAUGCACUGACGACGUCCCAGAAACUGUUUACAACGAACUCCCACCGAACUUAAAGAACCUCACGCACAUAGACACAUCAGAUUCUCCCGUGACUGGUUUCUAAGUGGCGAGGAUGGCGUCUGGUUGUGAGGUACUGCCUUGGAAAAUUCACCACAGCUAUAAUGCCUAUGGAAACUCACUAAGCAGCUAAUGCAGCACAUUUAUGUUGUACAUUUAGAAGACACUAAGUCUUUCUUGGGUUAGAUCAUUGCAUUUUUGCUAUAAAUCAUACAGUUUAGGAAUAUGUAAGUUUUUCGUUAUUGCUCAGGUAUAUUAGCUCAAAAUAAAGGAUAGUUUUCUUUCGCAAAAACGCUUAUUUCUUAGAAUCAAUUCGAGAAGUUCUGCACAAAAUAUUAUGUUAUAAGAUAAGCAAUAAGAAAUUAAUGCAUCAGAUCUGUCCUUUCUUGAAUUCCUUCAGAUAUACAUGAAACAUAGAAGACUACGAGUAUGUUAGACAAACUAGCUAAUAUUAAUGGUCUCUCGAACUAUCUAUUUAGAUACUACUGUUUACUAAGUGUUUUCAACUUGAAUUUAUCGAACAAUAAGGCAAAGAAGAUUAAAAUUACUCAUUCCUUGAAAAGUUGCGGGUCGUUGGAUAAAGUGUGU